AAUUUAAAUAAUAAUAAAUAUAUAAAAACAAAAUCCAACACAAAAUGAAGUACUUCAACAUCUGCCUGCUCUUCAUUGUCUGCACCUUGUGCUAUAGCCUGGUCACCGCCCAGGAGGAGGGUGGUGCUGCCGCCGUUUCGCCGGCCAAGAGAAUUGCCGCACUGCGUCGUCCUGUGGGCAAGGCGGCCAAGACAACCACCACAACGACACCGGCACCGGCGCAGGGCGAUGGGGCUGGUGAGGGUGAGGAAUAUGAUGAGGAGGCCGGCGAACAUGGUAACUUCGGCGAGGAUGGUGACGAGGCGGCAUUUGCGGCCAGCUCCACCACCAGCACCACCACGGAGGCACCGAAAAAGGUGGGACCCGUCAUCCGGCCAUUCCGCUCCAACGAUGAUUUCCUCAACUCGCUGAAGCGUCGCCAGGCGAAUGCCAAGAAGCAUCGUGCCGAGAAGCUGCCCAGUCCCAGCAAGCCGGCCAAGAAGAGCGAUGAGUCCAACUCCUCCGGAGAGCAAGAGGAGUCGGCGGCCGCGCCAGCACCUGCCCCAGCAUCCAGUCCCGCCAAGGGUUACAAGGGCAACUCGGCAUUGAGCCGUCGCAAGCUGUCCAAGCCCGCCAAGGCGACGCCCGUGGAGCCUGUGGAGGAUGCCGCCGCCGAGGAGUCGGAGCAGCAGCAAAAGGAGGAGACGAAGCCGAGGCGUCCCAUCGGUGCCCGUCUGGCCCUGCGGAAGCGCAACUAAAAUCCGGGUCCCUGAACUGAACCCGUCUCUAAAUCCCAGCUCUCCUGCCCCACUCUUAUCCCUUUGAAUCAUAUGGCUAGCUAUUUGGCAGCCCGAUCUGCCCUUUAGUUCUUAGUUCGCAAUUGAUUUUUUGUGUAUGUAAUAUAUUUGUAAUUUUAUGUUGUAAACAAAAACACACACACACGCCCACCCAAGACCCACAAAAACACACACACACACACCAAGGCAUACACUCUCACACAAAUCCCAGUCCCAUCCUCCAUGUCCAGGUCCACAUACCUCCCUAUAUCCCUAGAUAUAUGGAGCGCUAUCUCUGCCUGGACACAAUUAUGUAUUCUUCACAAUCAUCAAUCAAUCAAUCAACCAA